CUCAGGUUUCCAGCACCACCCACUCACUCACUGCACGACGGCACCUGCAGCAGGUGCGAAGAAGAGGGGGCCCCGGCCCGCCAUCCCAUAACUACCUACCCUGCCUCCCAUCCCGCCCCUGUCGGCCAGAGUGCCAAGUCCCAACCUACAAGUACGAGGUACCUACCACCUGAAUAAGGGCAAGCCCUGCAUCUUGAUGUUAUUCCCAGCGUUGCACGUAUCCGGCGCGACCUAGAUACUCGACGCGACACGGCCUUGCAGGCGUUGUUUCAACGUUUUCCCGCUGCUUCGCUCGUCUUCGCCCCCCCUCUUUGACUCAUUCGUCGUACACUCUCAUCACACCAAUCUCCUCCUCUAGUUGCUCCCUCCGCCCGCACCCUUUACACACGACGUCGCCGCCGCCGCCGCCCUGCCUGCCUGCCACAGCAUCGCACACACCUCACACCCUGCAGACAGGCACCGUUCCUUGCUUCCGUCGCCUCGCCUCGCCUCGCCUCGCCUCUUGGGUCGCACAACGCCCGCCAGCAGCCCGCUGCCCCCCGGCCGCGGCCAUCUCCCACUUACACGCGCACAAGCUGCGGCUCCAUGCACGAAAGGGCCUGACGCCGUCGAGCGCAAGCCACUCUCUCCAGUCCUCCACCGGACCCACUGGCCAUAUUGGGACCGCUCCGCCAUGCACGGCUGAUGGUUUCGCCUUUCCUCUGGCCUCCCUGUGUUGCGACAUAUUACUGUGGCCUAGGGCCCUGGCUCUUGUGUGCGCCUCGCCUGCUCCUCCGUCCUCCACGCGCAACGGCAAACCGGACGAGUCGAGACAUCUGCAGCGCCGUCUCUCCUCGCUCGUCCGGCCCGGCGCCCUCCCCCUCUCGAGCGAUUGACUUUAAUAAAGACACUCCCCUUUGACGGCUUCUGCUCACAGUCGCUGCUGCUGCCUUUCGCUCAGCGCGGCCUGUCAGGCACGAAAUCUCGGGGCUGGUCCCGCGACACCCGGUCACGUCGCGGUCGGGCGCGCCAUUACAACACCGUGUUGGAAGCGACAACCAGUUGCCCACUUAGAAGACGAUUCGAUUGUCUUGAGACCUGCCCCGGCUGUCUUAAAAGCAGCCUUCGGCCGUCGAGCGCGGGCGGGCCCCGACUGCAAUAUGGCGCAUGUAACUGCCGGCGCCGACGCCGACCUGCACAAACGAAAACGCGAUUUCGACGACAGCGGCCUACAGCACGGCCACGGCCACUAUCCGACUGGCCAUCAUCAACAAGGUACGGCUGGGUACAUCAAUUACCUGCCCAAGGCGAACACCGAGCGAUUACCGCUCGUACAAGGCGAUGCAGAUACCUUUGCCGACAUAAUUGGCCUCAUCGGCGAAUACGAAGGCGUGCUUGAUCGCCAGGAAAGUCUGGCCGCCAGCCUGGGCGCCAAGCUAACGGGCCCACGGCUGUUAAAGGGCAUCGAAAGAUUCUUCGAUGGGCCGAUCAAGACCAACAAUUCUCAGCCCUUCUCCAGUCCCAUCAGCUGGCUCGAUGUUGUAUCCUUUGCCAAGGCCAACCCCAACGACUUUGUCUUGACGGCUAUGCCUGACGGCUCGCGCUGCUGCCACUUCAUGUGCAAAGGCGUACGCACAGAAAUCACAGAAGACGACUGGCGGCUCAUAUCCUCGGGGGCGCUCGACCGGUUUCCGCUCGAGCACCCGUUUGAGGAGGAUGAGACAGCGGAACUUGCCACGCUAGACAUACUGGAGCAGCGAACGUCCAUGUUGUACAAGAAGGCCGACGAAGUGGCCGCACGGGCCCGCAUCCUGCACCAUAAGCUGGGCCACAGGAAGAACGACCUCGGCCGGCGGCGGAAGACACACGAUGCUGGCAGCACCAAGUUCCAUGCGGCCAACCACCCACCGCGGUCAUCGGGCUUCAAUCCCUCGUAUGACCUCCAUGCAGAUCUUUUGCAGCAGUUCUUAGCCCCCGCCUCUUCCAUAGUUCCGUCGAGAUCAACCUCGGGGGCCGAAGUGUCCGUGACCAGCCUCGGUCCGGUGUCACCAUCUAUACAACCUUGCAACCAACAUCGUUUGUCGGGGCAGUCGGGCCGGUCGUCUAUAGGCAACCUUCCAGAUGCUGCCGCCCAAGCCGUGGCAGACAGUCGAGGGGAGAUGUACAGAUCGCUGAUCACCCAGAGCACGGAUAGACUCGGCAAAGGCGACGUCAUCAGCCCGCCGUGCGAUCGGUGCCGGCGCUUGAGACUUCAGUGCGUCAAGCAUCUCACAGCCUGCCAGGGGUGCACCAAGAAGCACGCCAAGUGCAGCUGGAAGACGGUCACGGAUGACGAGAUUGCGCGUCUCAAGUACGACAUGGGCGUUGAAGACGAGCCGGAAUGCGAGCAAGACGCUAGCCUGCCUAUCCUACGAGAGGCCCUGAUCACAAGAGCCGGGGACACUACACCCGUGACGCUAAACGUCGAGGGUGUGUCGCGGCCGGCGAGCAGGGCCGACACGGAACUCGGCUUACCCCCCGUGUACAGCCCGGAUCCGAUGUCGAUGGGCAGGCAAGAGGGCGGGCAUAAAGAGCCGCGAAGGCCGCACCUAGCCCGUGGCCCGCUGGGGACUCCACCGCCGCGAGAGCACCCCCGCGUGACCAACAUUUCGUCUCUCAUAUGCGACCACGAUUACGGGCGGCCGCCACAACACGAAGGUUCCAAUCCACCAUCCCGUUGAUUGCCUCUGGCUGGUGGCGGUAGGGCGUGGGAGGCUAUGUAUCGAUUGCCACCUUGCUCCUCGUGCGACACGGUAUUUCGGUUGCAGAGGGUUUAUUGAAUGUGAAAUCAAGCUACCUGUUCCUGUCUGGAGGCACGGGCAGUUGUUGAUGUAGGGUUGCAUAUGGCCGCGGAAUCAGCGCUAUGCGAAGUAGGCUGCGCGGAAUCGCAGUCGAGAUGACAGGCAGAGCCACGCGGCGUCUAGGCUAUCGACAGACAGAUAAUGAUAAUGCGAGG